AACUGGGUAGUGGUAUGGUAGCUGCUUUCCUGUGCUAAGCUGAUUUACUUGUUUAAGGUCUGACCUCAGCAUCCUGUCAGUAUGGAUUCCCACCUAUACUGUUAGCAGCAGCUUAGCAUUGGCUUGAGGUGCUAGCAGUGUAUUAGUCAGAAAAAAGAGGGCUACUGGUAUUUGUUCUUUUGUUGUCUUUUCUUAAGAAGAGGCACUGGAAUACAAGCGAUAACAAAGAAUCCAUUUCCUUUCUAAAAGAAUAGGCUUUUGUUCUCUUUUCCUGCAAAAAUGUCAGUUUCUGGAAAGAAAGAGUUUGAUGUGAAACAGAUCCUAAGGCUACGCUGGAGGUGGUUCAGUCACCCCUCACAAGCUUCCACAGGCACUGGAAGCUGCCUUCAGGAAGGAUAUGAGCAUAGAGGCACACCAGUUCAGAAUAGGUUGAAGAGCCACUCUCGGGACAGAAAUGGACUGAAGAAAAACAACAGCCCUGUCCACCAGAAUAUACCGGCACCAGUGCCAGGUCCAACCCCUGUGCACCACCGUUCUAUUGAAACCUGGCAUCAACAAAGCCUGAUAGAACAGCUGCAAGCAAAUGAGCAUAUCCCCAAAGCUAGCACGGAUGAAAAUUGUGUCAAAGAAGAUUCAAGUAAAAACAUACAGGAAUUGCAAAUGAUCACAGAUGAAAAUACAGAUGAAUCCACUGAGAGGAUAUCGAUAGCUAGCUGUUCACCCACGGGAAUGAACACCAACGGUUCAGAUGAAUAUUUCCAAUCUAUAAAUCAUGCAGAGCAGACAUUCCGUAAGAUGGAGAACUAUCUCCAGCAGAAGCAGCUGUGUGAUGUUCUUCUCAUUGCUGGAAAUCACAAGAUUCCAGCUCACAGAUUGGUUCUUAGUGCCGUGUCUGAUUAUUUUGCUGCAAUGUUUACUAAUGAUGUGCGUGAAGCAAAAGAAGAGGAGAUCAAAAUGGAAGGAGUGGACCCAGAAGCACUGAAAGCUUUGGUUCAUUAUGCCUAUACAGGUGUUUUAGAGUUAAAGGAAGAUACUAUAGAAAGUUUGCUGGCUGCAGCUUGUCUUCUCCAACUGUCUCAAGUCAUUGAAGUAUGUUGCAACUUUCUCAUGAAGCAGCUCCAUCCUUCAAACUGCUUAGGGAUUCGAUCCUUUGGAGAUGCGCAGGGUUGCACGGAACUUCUGAGGAUGGCACAUACAUUCACUAUGGAACACUUCACAGAAGUAAUAAAGAAUCAGGAAUUUCUUUUGCUUCCUGCUAGUGAAAUUGCAAAACUCCUUUCUAGUGAUGACAUCAAUAUACCAGAUGAAGAGGCCAUAUUCCAGGCUCUAAUGAUGUGGGUGAAACAUGAUUUGCAAAGCAGGCAUCAAGACCUAGGAAUGCUUCUCUCUUACAUUAGACUACCACUACUUCCACCACAGUUACUAGCAGAUCUUGAAAAUAGCCCAAUGUUCACGCAUGACCUUGAGUGUCAGAAACUUCUUAUGGAAGCUAUGAAGUAUCAUCUCCUACCAGAAAGAAGGUCCAUGAUGCAGAGUCCUCGGACUAAACCUAGGAAGUCGACAGUGGGUGCACUUUAUGCCGUAGGAGGCAUGGAUGCUACUAAAGGUACUACUACAAUUGAGAAAUAUGACCUUAGGACAAACAGUUGGAUACAAAUUGGUACCAUGAAUGGCAGACGAUUGCAGUUUGGAGUAGCAGUAAUUGAAAACAAGCUUUAUAUUGUGGGAGGAAGAGAUGGCCUGAAAACUUCAAAUACAGUUGAAUGUUUCAAUCCAGCUACCAAAGUCUGGACUAUAAUGCCUCCAAUGUCAACACACAGACAUGGCUUAGGGGUAGCAAUGCUUGAAGGACCAAUGUAUGCUGUUGGUGGUCAUGAUGGAUGGAGUUAUCUUAACACAGUAGAAAGAUGGGAUCCCCAAGCACGACAAUGGAAUUACGUUGCUAGCAUGUCAACUCCUAGAAGCACAGUGGGGGUUGCAGCAUUAAAUAGCAAAUUGUAUGCUGUUGGUGGACGGGAUGGCAGCUCCUGCUUAAAAUCCAUGGAAUGCUUUGAUCCACAUACUAACAAAUGGAGUAUGUGUGCUGCAAUGUCUAAGAGGCGAGGAGGUGUUGGUGUUGCGACAUACAAUGGAUUUUUAUAUGCAGUAGGAGGUCAUGAUGCACCUGCUUCCAACCACUGUUCUAGACUUUCUGAUUGUGUGGAAAGAUAUGAUCCUAAAACUGACACAUGGACAACAGUGGCACCUUUAAGUGUACCACGUGAUGCUGUUGGUGUCUGUCCUCUUGGGGACAGAUUGUAUGCAAUAGGAGGCUAUGAUGGACAUGCUUACUUGGACACUGUGGAAUCUUAUGAUGCACAAAAUAAUGAAUGGACAGAGGAAGUGCCUGUCAACAUUGGAAGAGCUGGAGCUUGUGUUGUUGUGGUGAAAUUGCCAUGAUGGAUGUCCCUGGUAUGAAAUAAGCCCUGACUACAGUUCCAUAAAAAUCAUGUGACAGGAGAAGAAACAAGUUCCCAAACAUAGUACAAAACUACUUUACAAUCUUGCAGUUCUUGACACGAGGAACACUCAAAUCUGAGCCAUUUUGUGGUUUGAGCACAAAACUGAAGUUUAUCUCCAUUGCACAGACAGGUUUUUGCAAAACAUGAAUCAAAUGCGACAUCAAUAUUUUGUUACACUUGAUAUUCAGCAAAUACAAUAAUAUAUUGAAAUGGUUCAAGUUUAUUACAAAACUGUACAUGUUAUUAAUAAAAUACAACAGUGGCUAAAGUGAAAGAUAUGUAUCACUGUAAGAUUUGGUAUAACUUUUCUUGGCCAUAUCGGCAGCAAUGUUAAUAUAUUUAGAAAACAAAUUCUUAUUUAAGUAAAUGAAAAGCUGAUCCUGGAUAAAAAAAUGUUCAGUAAUAGAUAACUGUACAAGAGGCAUUUGCAUUUGAGAAAUAACAGUGACAACAGAAAAUUGCAGUAAAAAUUCCUUUUAAAGUAAAUUUACUUUAAUUUCAUCUAAUUUCACAAAUGAGAAUGUUUAGUGAUUUUCUUUAAAAAAUAGAAGCAAAUUAAAUCAGAAAACUAAUUCUACACAAAAUUACAAAACUGAAUUUCCAAUUGUGAUACUGUUUAACAUUUUAUUAUUAAACACUAUGACAGAAUAAUCAUUUUAGCAAUAAAGGAGAUUAAAUUUUCUAACAAAUUUUUAAAAAUAGCAGGCCAAAGAGUCUGAAGACAUCAUUCUUUUGUUACAUUUGUGGCAUUCAAAUACAAUUUUGUUUAUACAAAGAUAAAAAGAUUGCUAAUGUAAUUUGUAGUAUCUAAAAUUGGUACUUCGAUAUUGCAUUGAUAUUCACUACCAUUUUGCCAGUCACACAGUCAAUUUAUUGCCCUCUGACUAUCUGUCAGAAUAUAUUACAUACAUUUGGCUUUUCUUGAAAUAAUCACCAUGCAUUAGACUUGCUGCUGGUAAAAUGUUAGUGUAAUUAUAUUCAGCAAGUAUAUCUUACAUAAUGGAAAAUGUAUAUCAUAUUGAUAUAACAAUCUAUGACCUCAGCUAAAAAGUGCCAGAUUCUGCACAUGUCCAGUAUAAAACAUUGUAGUGAAGGAACAUGUGCCGUGUGUAACAUUAUGUACCAUUAAAAUAAGCAUGUUUACAUUUUAUCUGAAACCAUCUAGCAUGCUAAGAAUGAAGGUAAAUUUCACUGAAUCAAGGAAUCACUUGAAAAACAGUACAUAAUAUUCAACAUGAAUAACAUCUCUUUUAUGUGCCAGGUUUUUUUUUCGUUUUUGAUUAUUUUUUGAGUGCUGGAAUUAUACAUUAGGGAAUGUUAACAUGUAUGUAAAGCAUUCUACACUGUAAAACAUGAUAUCUGAGUAGUGUCUAUUUUAGCCUUUAAAACUCAUUUCAUUAUGAGAAAAAUUCAGGGUAAAAUAGUGACUAAUGUGCUUUAUAAAUAUGUAGACAACUUUGGGGAUGGAAUGUUUCAUUUUCAGAAUGCUGCAAUAUAAUAUGUAGAAAAAUUCUAAGAUAUAGCAACCAUGGGAUUAUUUAAAAACAUAUUUUUAAACCUGCAAAUCAAUUCACACAAAUUAUGUUUAUAGUAUGGCAUGCUCAAUUAAAAUAAAUGUUAG